AUGCCUCACGAUCAACAGCAGCGCCACAGAGUCUUCCGCUUCCCCAAACGCACCUCGUUCGACGAUCUGGUCGAAUGUGACGAAGCGAUCCCGGAGGUCGGCCGCCAUGAAGUCCUCAUCAAGAUCCGCGCGGUCGCUCUGAACUCACGCGACCUGCAGGUCGCGACGGGACAGUACCCGUUCCCCGUGACGGACAACCUGAUCCCUUGCUCGGACGGGGCAGGCGAUAUCGUCGCUGUUGGCGAAGGAGUGGGCGAUCUGACUCAGGGCGACCGCGUGAAGAGCUGGCUGACCUGCCAGGGCGGGUACAUCGACGGUCCCUUGGCCGAGUAUGUGGUGCGCCCCGCCGCCAGUGUCGUCAAAGUUCCUACCAGCGCACGCCAGGGUUAUGCAGAGCUUGCUUCGCUGGUGUGCGCCGGUGUCACCGCGUGGAAUGGAUUAUUUGGUAAUGUGCCGCUAAAGCCGGGGCAAACUGUGUUGGUGCAGGGCACCGGAGGCGUCGCACUGACCGCGUUGGCGAUCGCCAAGGCUGCCGGCGCAACCACGAUCGUCACCUCCUCGAGCGAAGCGAAGCUCGCCGCGGUCAAGGCCAAGUACUCUCCGGACCACUGCAUCAAUUAUACGGAAUACCCAGCAUGGGCGGCCCGGGCCCUUGAGCUGGUCGGCGAGCAGGGAAUCGACCACAUUAUCGAGAUCGGCGGCGUCGGCACCAUCGAGCAGAGUCUCCGGGCGAUUGCGUAUGGGGGCGUGAUCAGCGUCAUUGGCUAUCUGGCCCAGUACGAUGCGGCCAAGAUGCCCAACGUGCCCCUGAUGGCGCUCGGUAAAGCGGCAGUCGUGCGCGGCAUCCUCAUCGGCCCCAAGUACAUGCUGGAGGACCUGGUCACCUUCGUUGAUCGAGUCAGGUUGCAGCUCCCGGUCGAGAAGGUGUUCAGGUUCACGCGCGAGGAGGUUGUGGCUGCGUAUAAGGAGCUCGCCUUGGGUGAGGGCAUUGGAAAGAUCUGCAUCACUCUUGAUUAG